AUGGAAGCGGCGGCUUCGGCAGUAUCGACGGGGCCGACGUGGAGCCGAGCGGUGCGUCCGACGAUCUGGGGGGCGGCCCAGCCUCGGAAUCCGAUCCAGCUGGUGGAGAAUCAUAUCCCGCAUCAAAUCCUAGAAGUGGAGGAGAACCAAACGGCAUCUGGAGCGGGUGUUCAAGCCGACGUCCCUGCUGUAGCGGCUGUAGCGCCGGCUGUAGCGUCUCCCCUUCGCGGCAAUCUCCAAGGAGAAGCUACUUCCCCAUCCAACUCGCGCGCUACAGGUGUGACAACCUCCUCAUGCACAAGGGAAGCAGACGUUACAUCCGCCUCUGCUGCUCCCGCGGCCUCUGCUGCUACAACCGAUGCAGGCGCUACAUCCGCCCCUCUUGCUACAGCCGCCACUGCUGCUACAGCCGCACCUCAUGCUACAGCCGCAGUGGUGUCACAUGCUGACUUCAUCAUUCGUGCUGUAGCGCCGUCCGCUGGCGUCGCCCUCUGGGAGGCGCUCAGGCGCGCUACAGACGCUGCUGCCACGGCUGUAGCCUCCCUGCACACGUGGCAAGCGGAGGACUGCGCUGACGUGGACGAGGCCUGCAGCAGAGAGUUCUGGGCGGCGGUUACGGCGGAUGAUGCAGGAGAAGAAGAGGAUUGGAUCCUGGCCGUUGAUUCUCUCGGAUUAUGGUGGCUCUUCGGGCACCUGGACACCAACAUCGGCGACAACGUGGGGCCAGGAUCAACCUGCGCCCAACCUGGGCUGGCUUCACCAGAAGAAGAAUACUCCGACUUAACUUUGAACAAGGAAUCUCAACUGGAGAAUCCAGGCGAAGGUGUUAAUCAGGGUGUGAUUGUGGCUGAAGCAGCUGGGGCUGAGCAGUUGGAGCAGCUAGAACAGCGGGGACAGCAGGAUGGCUGCACUUCUGACACGCACAGACAAGAGCGACCCGAAGGGUGCUAUGCUGUGCGUGUGUUUGUGUCCGAGUUUGAGGCCCGGGCGCCUUUCCUGCACUUCUCUCUAUCGGAACAUGCCGCCCGGGUCGCCGCCUCGCCCAAUGCGGGAGGCGCUUCCGUCAUUUCCGAGUCGCUUUCUGUGGAGUAUUUCGUGCGUCAUUUUGGUGCAACUGACAUUAUUUCAGAGAUGGAGAUCAAGUACUGCGACAGCAACUGGAAGAAGGUGGAUUACAUCUGCAGCUUGUUUGGGCAGCGCUUUGGAGUGUCGGUCACUCGAGCCAUGAUGUACCCGGACCCUGCUCUCUUCGACAGCCACCGUGCUCGUGCCCUGCUCAGGAAGAAGCUGCACGGGCUGGUGGUGGCAUGGUCGGGCAUCUCUCCCAUGCACUGCUUCUCUCGAGCCAUUCUCCACGUAUGGUGUGAAACCUCACAUAUAGCCAACCUUCUGCAAGACGCAUUUCCAGAGGUUUCAAGCUCCUUGGAUAUGCAAGAAGACGUGCUGAUGGUACUGACUGUUGCCGAAGGCCAUCAAGGCUGGCCUAUCUUCUAUGAGUCCUUGUAUAAGUUCCAACCUCCGGUCGCCGCGGCUCCGAACCGUGCUGACCGGCCUGGGCGGGACCACCCGCAUCGCACCAGUACAGGUGGAACGGCGGCAGCGGCGGGAAUGGCUCCUUUCGCAGCGGAGUUCGGCACGCCGUCGCACGAUUUCGUCGUGCGAACUCUGUCGCCGCGUUCCCCUUCGUGCCGAGUGACUCUUAGAGAGGCGCUUCAGCGCGAGGGGGCGGCGGGUGCGCUGGUUGCGGGGGAACGACAUCUAGCAGAAUUGGAACAAACAGAACAGAGGGGUAAAGGAGUGGGGGACAGAGAGUGGGAAGGGGGUGGGAAAGUGACUGUACAGGAUGGUCGCGUAUAUAAAGAGAUUGUAGACGAGAUUAGACUAGGCGAAGGGAGUGUACAGGCAGAGGCGGUUUUCCUGAGUGAGUUCGAAGCGCGGGCCCCGUUUGUCGACUUCACUCUUUCGGAAGACGCUGUCAGGGUUGCUUCCUCCCCAAAUGCUGGAGGCGCGUCCGUCAUUUCCGAGUCCCUUUCAGUGGAGUACUUUGUGCGCCAUUUCGGUGCAUCUGACAUAAUUUCAGAGAUGGAGGUACAGUACUGCGACAGCAACUGGAAGAAGGUGGAUUACAUCUGCAGCUUGUUUGGGCAGCGCUUUGGAGUGUCGGUCACUCGAGCCAUGAUGUACCCCGACCCUGGUCGAUUCGACUACGACCACGCAAAGGCCCUUCUCAGAAAGAAGCUGCAUGGGCUGGCGUAUCGCCCAUGCACUGCUUCUCUCGCGCUAUCCUUCACAUCUGGUGUGAGACCCCGCACAUCGCCACGCUCCUACACCAGGCCUUCCCAUCUGUGUGCAGAGAGCUUGACCUUCAAGAGGACGUGCUAA